AGACUGAAAAGGAGCACAGGAAUUCCAAGGAGUUUCCUGAUAGAGGUGAAAGAUCCCAACACAAAGGGUGCAAUGCUGACCAACACUGGAAAAUAUGCAAUCCCCAUUAUUAAUGCGGAAGCUUAUGCUAGAGAAAAGAGGAAAAGGCCUCCAUCUUUACCAGAGGAGCCAUCCUCCUCCUCUUCUGAUGGUCCUGUUCCGGAUGAGCUGUUAUGUCUCAUUUGUAAAGACAUCAUGACCGAUGCAGCUGUUCUUCCCUGCUGUGGAAGCAGUUAUUGUGACGACUGUAUUAGAACAGCAUUGCUGGAGACUGAGGAAUAUACAUGCCCAGCGUGUCACCGGACAGACGUUCCUCCUGAUGGUUUAGUUGCCAACAAGAGCCUACGCCAGGCUGUGAACAACUUCAAAAAUGGUGUUGGCUACACAAAAAGGCUCCGUAAGGAGAUCCAGCAGCAACCAUCAGUACCCACAGGUGGUCCUCUGAGGACAGACAGUACCAUGCACUGCCCAGGUGCCAGAACAAGCUGUGAACUGAGGUCGCAUACCUGCUCCAAGUCAAGAUCAGGUCCUUCCUGCAGUGGCUCCUACUCUGGAUCAUACAAUUCUUAAUUCCAGUUUACCUUCUUUAAAUGUUGCUUCU